CUCACACCCACCCGCCCUUGCCUCUUUCCUCUACGCACUCUUCACCCCUUGUAUCUGCUUCCUUCUCACUGGUAGGCAGAGUCAAGGCAGAGUCAAGUCACGAAGAAGUUGUCACAUCUGCUCAGAUCGCCCACCCAGAGCGGACCACAGUUGUCCCUUUCGUCAGAGGAAGACAGAAGAAGAAGAAGAAGCUCCUUCCCACCCUCUCUCUCUCCACUCCCCACCCUUCACUUCGUCCCACCACAAGUUCCUCUCACAGCCAUGGACGUCGACUUGAUCAAGGUGGUCAACCGACUACAGGACACAUUCUCUGCCAUUGGUGGAGAGACCGUCGAUCUGCCACAAUGCGUAGUCGUGGGAGCUCAGAGCUCGGGAAAGAGCAGUGUCUUGGAGACUAUCGUCGGAAAGGAUUUCCUGCCUCGAGGCUCUGGCAUCGUCACUCGUCGCCCCCUCGUACUUCAACUAGUCCACACACCACCACCGCAAAAAGAUGCUAAAGCGGACCCAUACGCAACAGCCGACCCUUCUUCCUCUUCCUCUCCCGGCACAUCACCCCCUUCUUCCUACCGCAACCACUCCUCCUCCUCUUCCUCUUUCCUGGCUCCAGGCACAGAAUACGGAGAGUUCCUCCACCUCGAUAAGCGCUUUACCGACUUUGGAGAGAUCCGAAAGGAGAUUGAGAACGAGACUUUCAGGGUGGCUGGUCAGAACAAGGGAGUCAGCAAGUUGCCCAUCCAUCUCAAGAUCUUCAGCCCGAAUGUCCUCAACUUGACCCUGGUGGAUCUGCCUGGAUUGACCAAGAUCCCCGUGGGUGAUCAGCCUUCGGACAUCGAGAGGCAGAUCUACGGUCUGGUAUCGAGCUACAUCUCCAAGCCCAACUGCAUCAUCAUUGCCGUCAGCCCUGCCAAUGUGGACCUGGCCAAUUCAGACAGUCUGAAGCUGGCCCGCGCCAUUGACCCGCAGGGUCGAAGGACAAUUGGUGUCCUCACAAAGCUGGAUCUGAUGGACCAGGGUACACAUGCCCUUGACAUUCUCACAGGCAGAGUCUACCCUCUCAAGCUAGGAUUCAUUGGCGUCGUCAAUCGAUCACAGCAGGACAUCAAUGGAAACGUCUCUAUGCUGUAUGCUCGCCGAAAGGAGGAGGAGUUCUUCCGUGCUCAUCCAGCGUAUCGGAACAUUGCCCACCGUUGCGGUACCAAGUAUCUCGCCAAGACGCUCAACUCGGUGCUGAUGAACCACAUUCGAGACAAGCUGCCGGACAUGAAGGCUCGAUUGAACACCCUGAUGGGUCAGACACAGCAGGAGCUAGCCGCCUUUGGCGAUACCGCCUUCUUGGGCGAUGCUCAUAGGGGCACUCUUAUCCUGAAGCUGAUGACUCAAUUUGCACGAGACUUUGUGGCUUCCAUCGAUGGUACCACCUUUGACAUUUCGACAAAGGAGCUCUGUGGUGGUGCUCGCGUCUACUACAUCUUCCAUGAUGUCUUUGGUCAUGCCUUGGAUAGCAUCAAUCCGACAACGAACCUUACCGUGCAGGAUAUCCGCACUGCCAUUCGCAACUCGACGGGUCCCCGCCCAAGUCUCUUUGUGCCCGAAGCGGCCUUUGAGCUGCUGAUUAAGCCUCAGAUCAAGCUCCUCGAGCCACCCUCGCUGCGAUGUGUGGAGCUCGUGUACGAGGAGCUCAUGAAGAUCUGCCACAAUUGCACCUCCAAGGAGCUGGAACGCUUCCCGCGCCUGCACGCACAGCUCAUCGAGGUCGUCUCGGAACUGCUGAGGGAGAGGCUGGGACCUACGAGCGAAUACGUGCAGAGCUUGAUCGAUAUCCAGGCUGCGUACAUCAAUACGAACCAUCCUGCAUUCGUGCAAGACUCUGCCAAUAUCGCUAGGGAGACCAGGGAAGGGAACCAGAAUCAGCAGAGGCAGAUGAUUGACCAGAGGAAAUCGUCGUUUGAGUCUGAGCAGGGUGGGGCAGCUAUUGUGGAUGAGGAUGACGAUGACAACGAGCCCUCCUCGCGCAAUAGCUCGACUGUGAAUGGCAGUACAGCCAACCUCAAACACUCGUCCCGAGGCAACAACAAGAGUAGCGCUAGCGGUGCUCGCGGUGGUGCAAAUGGAGGCGGCAGCGACAGUAGCAGUCCUGCUUCGCGCAAUCAGCAGCACAAUCAGUCUCACCACCAGCACAACCUCUCUAGCUCUUCACAUCUCCACGACAACAGCAAUGCCCCUCCUUCUGCACGAGAGUCCUUCUUGGACUACUUCUUCGGUGGAGCAUCGGGCGUGCCAGGAAGUGGUGGAGGUCCCGGUGGAGCACAAGGUGUGCCAGGAAUGGGUCCCGCAGCGCCUGCUGCACAUCGCCACUCUGUCCUUGGCGGGGGUGUGGGAUCGUCGGACCACUUUGGCUAUUCGUCAUCGGGAGGAAUGGGCAACUCGUCUGCUCGCAUGCACCACAAACCCAACCCUAUGGCUGGCCGCACAGGUCUAGAGGGAAGUAGUGCCGCCUACGACAUGAAGUCCCUCGAUAAGCACCUGGAAGCCACUGCUCCUUUCCUCUCUGGGGGAGGCGCAGGCGGUGGUUCCUUUGACCCGACUUCAAGCGAUCAGCUAGGCCUCUCGGAACGCGAAGUCCUCGAAACUUCUCUGAUUCGCUCCCUCAUCGGUUCCUACUUUAGUAUCGUCCGUCAAUCCAUUCAAGACCUAGUACCAAAGGCAGUCAUGCACCUCUUGGUCAACUUUUCUAGGGAAUCGGUACAGAAUCGAUUGGUGGCGAACUUGUACAAGGAGAGCUUGUUUGGGAGUUUGUUGGAGGAGGAUGAGACGUUGAGAAGUGAGAGGGCAAGACUUGUGGAGUUGCUCAAGACGUACAAGGAGGCAAUGGGAUUGUUGAGUGGAAUUUGAGAGAGACGGUGAAAGGGAAUGAGAUUUGGAUUCGAAUCAGAAUCAGGAUCAGGAUCAGGAGCAGGAGCAGGAGCAGGAGCAGGAUAGUCACCGCUUUGGUCU